AUGGGAUAGAUUAGUUAUUUAUAUUAAAGGAUAAUGAUGAAAAGGAUUUUCAAAAAGGAGAUAAGAUGAUCCUAAAUGGGCUGAUGGCUAUGAAAAUAAUCUAUACUCAGUAGAUAAAACAGUAGAUUGUAAGAAUUUUGCAUAUAAGAAAGUUAAGAUUGAAUUUAAAUGUAAAAAUCAAGAUUAACUUGGGUUUUGUGGAAUGUAAAAUAUGAUUAUAAUUUGGAUCUUUGAUUGUGAUUCAGAGUAUCAAUUUGAUUAGUUUAAUUAUGAUACUAAUCGAAACCUUGUAUUCCUAUUUUUGGAGAUUAAAUAGUUGUUGGAGAUGAGGAAUAUGAUGAUGGUAACAAUUAUCUAUUUGAUGGAUGUUUUCAUUGUAAAUAUUAAUCUUAAGAAAAUUGUGAAGUUUGUAUUAGAGGGGAAUGUUUAGAAUCAUAGAUAAUAAUACAUCCUUUUUUAUAUAUAUAUAUUACAAGAGUAGAUUAUAAUUUAUCAUAUGAUUUUAAUAUAAUACAAUUCACUUGCAUUUUAUAUUGUAAUAUUUGAAUAAAUGAUUAUUGUUUGUAAUGUGCAUAAGGUUAUUAUUUAAAUUAAAUAAAAAACUUAUGUGAAACAUAUUGUGUAGACUCUAUUUUAUAAGGUAAUGAAUAAUGUGAUGAUGGUAAUUUGUGAUGGUUGUUCAAAUUGUAAAUUAAUUUAAUAUUAACUAUGUGAUGAUACAAUAGAAUUAUCAAAGUAACAUUGUUCAGUAUGCCAUUUAGGCAAAUUUUUAAAUGUUAAGAUGGUUUUCUAGAAAAUGAUGUUUGUAUUUCAAUUUGUGGAGAUGGAUUACUUAAUUAAAUAGAAGAAGAAUGUGACAUUAAAGAAGAUUAAGGAUGUAUAAAUUGUAAAAUUUAGAAAGGAUACAUUUUUGGAUAAUUAAACUUUUCUAUUUUUUGUACUUGUGAUAUAUUAAUGCACUAAAUGCACAACAUUCAAUAAUGUAUCAUUAUUAUGUCUCUCAUGCAUAGAUGGUUCUUAUCCAAUUGAAGAUAAAUGUUUUUAAUGUGAUACAAAUUGCAUUAUUUGCAUUUAAUAAUCCAAUAUGUGUAUGUGUAUAUUAAAUUAUACUUUUUAUUAUACUUCUUGUUUUAGAAAUGAUUGUAAUUUUUGUGAAUCUACUCCUGGUCUAAUUGCAGAUAUUAAAUCUAAAUAAUGUAUAUCAAUUUGUGGAGAUGGAAUAUAAUUUUAAUUUUAUGAAUAAUGUGAUGAUCAUAACUAAAUUGAUGGUGAUGGCAGUGACUCUUAAUGUUAUUUAGAAUAUUUUAAUGAGGAUCUUAAAUAAAUUAAGAGUUAUUAUGUAAUUGAUAAGAAUACAUAUGAUUUAAAGCUAAUUAAUAUUUCAGAACAUAUAUACUUUUAUGCAACAAUACAAAUGUUAUUAUAGAAAAUAUUGAAUCUUAAUAUUACACUGAUACUUCCAAACAAAUUGAUGGCUUAACUUGUAAAUUAUACUUUCAUUUCAUGA